AUGGCUCUCCGUACACGCGCUGCGGCGCUGACCGCUGCUCUGGCCGCGACGGCCAAUGCCCUCUACACCAACGGAUCCGUAGUCGCACCGUGCGACUCGCCCAUCUACUGCUAUGGAGAACUUCUCAAGCAAGUCGAACUGGCCCAGCCUUUCUCGGACUCCAAGACAUUUGUCGAUAUGCCUGCUAUCAAGCCAUUGGAAGAGAUCCAAGCUGCCUUCGAUAAACUAGAGAAGCCGCUCAGCAACAACACGGCGCUCAACAACUUCUUGGACGAGAAUUUCGCCGAUGCUGGUGGAGAGCUGAUCGCUGUCCCCGAGGGUCAGCUCACGACUGAUCCCGUCUUCCUCAACCGCAUCAACGAUACCGUUAUACAAGAGUUCACCAAGAAGGUGAUUGAUAUUUGGCCUGAUCUGACGCGGCAAUAUUCGCCAUCCUCUAGCAGCAAUUGCACCUCCUGCCCCAACAGUUUCAUCCCGGUCAAUCACACCUUUGUCGUCGCUGGUGGCCGCUUCCGUGAGCCCUACUACUGGGACUCGUACUGGGUGAUUGAGGGUCUCCUGCGCACAGGAGGCUCCUUCACUGAGAUCUCCAAGAACAUCAUCGAGAACUUUCUCGACUUUGUUGAGGACUAUGGCUUCGUGCCCAAUGCCGCCCGUAUCUACUAUCUCAACCGAUCGCAGCCGCCGCUGCUCUCUCUCAUGAUCCAAACAUACGUCGAUUACACAAAUGACACGGAGAUUCUCGAUCGCGCCCUGCCGCUCUUGGUCAAGGAGCACGAGUUCUUCAUGAACAACCGAACCGUGGACGUCCAGGUUGGAAACAAGACGUACACCCUCAAUCGCUACGCCGUAGAGAACACGCAGCCUCGCCCCGAGUCAUACCGGGAGGAUUACAUCACGGCUCGCAACAGCUCCUACUUCGCCGAGUCCGGCAUCGUGUACCCAGAGACCGUGCCGCUCAACGACAGCGAGGUUGCCACCCUCUACUCUCAUCUCGCUAGCGGCGCCGAGUCUGGCUGGGACUACACCUCGCGCUGGAUCGCCAAUCCAGAGGACGGCGCGCGCGACGUCUACUUCCCCCUCCGCUCCCUCAACGUCCGCAACAUCGUCCCCGUCGACCUCAACUCCAUCAUGUACGGCAACGAGGUCGCCAUCUCCCGCUUCUACAACCAGACCGGCAACGACACCGCGUCAGAGACCUGGGCCGAGCUCGCCGCCAACCGCAGCGCGGCCAUCCACGCUGCCAUGUGGAACGAGACGUACAGCAGCUACUUCGACUACAACCUCACCUCCUCGUCGCAGUACGUCUUCGUCCCCGCCGACAACGACACCGCCGCCCUCGAGAACGCCACGGCGCCCGCGGGGCAGCAGCUCUUCUUCAGCGUCUCCCAGCUCUACCCCUUCUGGACGGGCGCCGCCCAGCCCUACCUCAAGAACAACCCCCUCGCCGUCCGCGAGGCCUACUCCCGCGUGGCCGCCUACCUCGACGCCCGCGCCGGCGGCAUCCCCGCCACAAACUUCAAGACCGGCCAGCAGUGGGACCAGCCGAGCGUCUGGCCGCCCCUGAUGCACAUCCUCAUGCAAGGGUUGCGCAACACCCCCGCCACGUUUGGCGAGGACGACCCGUCGUAUGUUGAGGUGCAGGACCUCGCGCUGCGGCUGGGCCAGCGGUACCUCGACUCGACCUUUUGCACGUGGCUCGCGACUGGAGGCUCCACGUCCGAGACGCCCAAGCUGCAGGGCUUGUCGGACCAGGACGUCGGCAUCAUGUUUGAGAAGUACGCCGACAACUCGACCAACCGCGCGGGAGGUGGCGGCGAGUACGAGGUCGUCGAGGGGUUCGGGUGGACCAACGGCGUGCUGAUCUGGACGGUGGACGAGUUUGGCAACCAGCUGCAGAGACCCGACUGUGGGGAUUUGCAGGCAGCGCACACGACGCAGACGAGGGAUGUGCAGUCUGCGGUUGAGCUGCACGUGCGGGAUGGGUCGAGGGUGAAGAAGUUUGGUAAGCGCGCGAAGAGGAGCGUGUGA